AUGUCCUCCACAGGUUCGGAAGACUUUCACAAAGAGCUCCCCUCAAGCGAGACGUCUCAACCAGUCGAGCCGAUCGAUGAAUAUGAAGAUGCCGAGAAGAACUUCCAGCCAAGGUCUUUCAAGUUCUGGGCGAUCAUCGUCGGCAUGUAUCUUGCGAUCUUCCUCGUUGCAUUGGAUCGAACAAUCAUUGCAACAGCCAUUCCGCGUAUCACCGACGAGUUCCAUUCCAUCCAAGACAUCGGCUGGUACGGCAGUGCCUACAUGCUGACAGCUGCCUGCUUCUUCCCUAUCUCUGGCCGCAUCUACCAGCUCUACUCGACCAAAUGGGUCUACCUUUCAUCCAUUGUGGUUUUCGAGGCCGGCUCAGCAUUGUGCGGAGCUGCACCUAACUCUAUCGCUUUCAUCCUCGGGCGUGCUAUUGCGGGCUCAGGAUCCGCAUUCAUCUUUUCGGGUGGCAUGAUGAUCAUGCUUCCCCUCAUUCCUCUUCGGAAACGCCCUAUCUUCAUUUCGUUGUUCGGGAUGGCUUUCGGAGUAUCUUCGGUACUUGGCCCAGUCAUCGGCGGUACUCUUACUGACCAUGUGACGUGGAGAUGGUGCUUCUACAUUAAUCUACCAGUUGGUGGUUUUACCCUAGCUGCAAUCUUCUUCUUCCUGCAUCUCGAACCGACGAAACGUGAGAAGCUUACACUCUUCGAACAACUCAAACGCAUCGACCCAAUCGGUAUCGUCUUUCUUGUCCCAUCUAUGGUAUGCCUGAUCCUGGCUCUUCAAUGGGGCGGCACUACCGAUUCCUGGUCGUUAGCAAAGAUCGUUGGCCUUCUGGUCACCUUCUCCAUCCUGCUCGUCAUCUUUGUCAUUGUUGAGAUCCUAACGCCAAAGACAGCAAUGGCACCGAUGCGAGUCGUGCUGAAUAGGUCAAUUGCUGGCAGUAUGUAUUUUAUGCUCCUACUGUCAGGAGGAAUGAUGGCCGCCAUUUACUACCUAGCGAUCUGGUUUCAAGCAGCAAAGGGGGACUCCGCGACACACGCCGGCGUCAGUACUAUCCCAUUGGUCUUGGCUCUGGUCAUCAUGGGUACCAUUACCGCCAUCUUCACUCAAAAGGUUGGCUACUAUGUUCCCUCAAUGCUGCUUGCUCCAGUCCUCGCCUCCGUAGGUGCUGGACUACUCUCAACUCUCUCACCCACCUCAAGUCAUAAUGCUUGGAUCGGCUACCAGGUUCUCUACGGCCUUGGUAUUGGAUGUGGCUUUCAGACAUCGAACCUGGCCGCACAGAACGUCCUACCACGCGCCGAUGUACCUCUAGGAACCGCACUCAUGUUUUUCAUGCAGCAGCUUGGCGGCUCCAUAUUCCUCGCUGUUGGUCAGAAUAUCUUCUCAAGCAAGCUUGUGGACAACCUCUCCGGGAUGGCGGGCCUCAAUGCUAAAGCUAUCGUCAACACGGGAGCAACUGAUCUUCGCAAAACGGUACCCGCGGACCAACUCGGAACUGUUGUGAAUGCGUACAGCUACGCUCUGACCCGCGUUUUCAUUCUGACAGCUGUACUGAGUGCCUAUACAAUUCUGGGCGCUCUGGCUGUGGAGUGGAAGAGCAUUAAGGGAAAACAGGGCCUAAAGGGACGUUCAAAAUCUCCUGAUCUAGAAUCAGACGAUAGUAAGAGCGACGACAAGUCUUAA